UAGCCUUGCCCCAAAACUCAUCAUCAACUAUGAACGAAUACUAUCAUGUUUAAAUGUGAAUUCAUAAGAAAGUUUACUUAAAGUCCAUUAAAUCGCAAUGCGUGCACACUUUUGGUGUCUAUUGAUCUGUAGCUUUUUGGGAACUUACCUUGAGGCUGGUGUUAAUAGAGUUUCUAUGGAUAAGCUGGGCUUUCAUAACUACAAUGAGAUUGUGCGCGAUUUAAUCAAGAACUGGGAGUCCCCGAUUAUAUAUCUGCGACAACUGGGCUACCUGCCCAGCGACUAUGAGGAUACGUCGAAAAUUAAGCCCAAUUUGGAUGCGCUAAUGAGUCGCAUCGAACGCGAUGAACAGCACGAAGCCGUCCAAACGGAAGUUGACAAACCCAAAGAGCUGGAUACGAAAAAGUUGCAAAUAAAAAGGAAGCGAGAGAGCGCGCGGCGGAAGAGAAAAAGCGGGCGACGUCGUCAGCGUCAGGCAACUGACACUCAGACCGCGAACUAUCCCAAUAUGGAACAGCUGAUGGCCAUGACGGAGCAGUCCAAGCCUCUGGGAAUUGCCGAAGCGCAAGCCACAGUGGAACGCAGUCAAAACCUACAGCAAAAUCUAGUGGAACAGAAUGCCCGUUCGAAGAUGCUGUUGCUCAGCGAAAUUUUAUCCCAUCAGCGGCAAGUGCGGCCACAUGUCGAUGGCAACGAGGACGUGUUGAAGCGCCUCGUUGCGAAAACAAGUCCAUACACGGCACACAAGCUGCAGCCAGUGGCAGGUGUGCUAGGCAACAAUGGCAACAAUGGCAACAUGCCCCAGCUGGCAGCCAUGCCACAUUCAUCGGGCGGAGCACACGCCAUGCUGCUAAGCGAUAAUACUGGCAAGAGCGCAUCCGGAGAUUCCAGCUCGAUGAGUAUGUAUGGCACACUGCUUAAAUCCAUUGCUAAACCCGAUAUCCAUUCGCCUCAAUCUAGUCGCCCGGAUCAGGCGCAAUCUCAAAUCGACACUAAGCCGGAGAUUGAAGCGCCGCAAUAUCUAAAUUGGGAUAUCAAGAAUAUGCGGCUCAAACAGAUCUCGCCAAUCGCCAAGGAUGCGUAUGUCGACAAGCUGGUCCAGAUCUUUGUCAAAAAGCAGGAAACGCUGGAUAUCCUACAGAACAUACAAAAGCCGGGCACAUAGGCAAAGCAAAGUAACUUCCAUUCAAAUUCAUAUGCCAUAUUUUUAUAUAUGUAUAUGUAUAUAUAUUUGUGUAUAUUUUUUUGCGAUCUUCCCUAAUUGGUAUGCAGUAAAUUGUGUUGAGGCAUUCA